UGGAUUCCUCUAUUUAGUAUCAGCUGAUAGCGUUCCGUUUUGUCGAUAUUUCGAUUCGUCCAGCAAAACAGGGCAACAAUUGGGUCAAAUCAAAAAGAGGGCGAAAGGCGAACAAGCGUUCAAUUUCGUAUCGUCGAAGGAAUGAACGGUAUCUAUAUCGGCUCUGCCUUCAGUAGUCAUCAACGGUAUACCAUUGCCAACUGACGUAUAUUCCUUGGCCUCAAAAAGAAUUUGAACUCCUAGCAUACCUUUAGACGUUAUACAUAUAGUCGAUGUACAUCAAGAAGUGGAUAUGCAAACAAGCCUCCUCUUAUUAUCUAGCUCACCUGCACAGCUUUCAGACACUGCAGUUCAUCAUACUUUACACAAUGACCAAGCCAGCAUCUCUCACUUACCUCGAAGCCUCUACCCCUCUGGAAGAAAUUUACAAAGUCAUCGAGCGCGAUGGCGGUGUCAUAAUUCGCAACUUCCUCUCAUCCGAGCUCCUUCAAGAAGCCAUGAGCUCCAUCGAACCCCAUUUUGCUGUACGAGGCAACUACGAAUCCAAGUCGACUCACCAGGAGCUGGGUGAAGACUUUUUCCCUUCUGGCUCUCUUCGAAUUUAUGGUUUGCUUGGUAAAAUUCCCCAGGUUAUCACCAAGAUUGUACGCCUUCCAACUUGGCAGGGCGUUAUGGCACGGUUCCUCAACGACGAGUAUUCUUCAUACACUGGUGAAAAAUUGAUUCCUCAAAAGAGCGGCUAUAUGCUUGCUUCGACAGCUGCCCUUCGACUUGUUCCAGGGGCCCAGAAACAGCCACUUCAUCGGGACCAGAUCGCCUAUCAAAUUCGACCCGAUCCUACCAAUCCCCUUUUCACACCCAUGGUCGGCUGCCUCAUCGCCGGGUCCAAGUGUACUAAGAAAAACGGCGCCACUGCUGUCAUCCCUGGCUCUCACCUCUGGGGUCCUGACCGUGCCCCCCAUGUCGAGGAAUGUACUUAUGCUGAAAUGGAGGCUGGGGACGCUCUCUUCACCCUUGGGUCUUGUUAUCACGGGGCAGGCGAGAACCAAUGCGAGAAGUCUGAUCCAGAUGCUCUGAGGACCCUUUUCGCUGUCUUUGGCCAGAGAGAUUAUUUCAGGCAAGAUCAAGAAGAGAUUCUCUCCACACCGCUCGAGCUUGCUAGGACCUUCCCUGAAGAUAUUCUGAGGAUUGCUGGCUACUAUAAGGCUGUCGGAGGUGUUGGUUACGUCGAAGACCACCAGGAUCCUGUCGAGUUCCUCAAGGCUGGAUCAAGCCUCGGCCAAUUCGCUCCCAUCCCCAGCAAGAGCUAUGUUUGAAAACAGUUGGGGUUUUAAUAGUAUCCUGUACGAGGAGUACUGGUACUGUUUUAUUUUGAUGCGAU